AUCAACCCCAUAUUGUACACUUUUUCUGGCCAUAUGAAUAAACUGGUGAUGCAGUACAGCCGAAGCAUGUGGGGAUUUUUACAGAACAAGGUGUCAGCAACAGACUCCGGUCAAGCCAGCCCCGGUCACAGUCGUCGCAUGGCCGACAAAAAACAUGUAAUUGCACAAAAGGUGUCCUCCAUAGGCUCCUUAACGAGGCUAAAGAUCACCGGAAGAGCAGAGAUUUUACCGGAAACCGGCAACGGGGUGGGCUAUCUCAAAUGCUUGGUGGCUGGCGCGACGACAGAGCAACUGCUAAAGGUUUUUCCAGGACAAAAUUCGAAAGAAUUUAAACGAGAGGUAGCAGUAUUGAAGGAAAUAAACUCGGGUCGAGACCACGAUAAUCUACUCAACUAUCGCUGGCACCAAGAAGGCGAAUCUCUUGAUUUUGACAUGGGCAAUGCAGAAGGGAUUACCUUGAACUCUAACUACAGGGUAAUCUGCUUCGAUUACUCCCCAUCCAUGUCAACCUUGAGGGCCUUUCUCCGUAAGGCUGAUUUCACAGUUAGCCUAGAGACUCUUGUAGCAAUAUUUAUAGAUGUAAUGCAGGGGGUCGAACACCUUCACAAGCAUGGCGUCGCCCAUGGAAACAUAAAUCAAGACACUGUGCUUGUCUGCCAGUGGUUUGAGUGUGAGGCUUCUAUGAACGAGUAA